CAUUAGUACAGCUGGUAGUGGUAGUGCACACGACGAACGAAAACAAGAACUGUUUCUGGCUUCUAGCAGGCAGGCUUUAAUUAGAAUCAACCCUUCACUCUGGUUUCAACAAGACAAGAAGCUCAGCUUCACGCCGCCGACCUAACCAUGUGCUGCAAUAUCUGAAUAACAUGAGGCAAACAAAUCAAGCCAUCUUCUAAUAACUCAUCGAUUUAACGCAAUCUGAUCUUGGAACUCGAUGCAGACUGAAAAAUGAAAUCUCUAGCUGUGUACGAACAGUGCUUGUGUAAAUCACGAACAGUGGCAACGCAAAAGAUGGAGGGUAUAAGGAGAAAAUGUUGUGGAUGUUCAUCAAGGGCUACUGGUUUGACCUUGGACUGGAGGUCAUAUUGGGGUCAAAAGGUCACAAUUCUUGUAUUCAUGAUGGUGCUAUCGAUUUUACCAAAUUCCAUUGAUGGGUCAUGCAUAGCAGGAGAAAAAAAGGAAGGCUAUGUACCCAGCGAUGUGAAUACAUUAAACACCUACAAUCCCCAUUCAGAGAUUUACUCGUUGGAUGAAUGCAUUGACUUUUGUUGCCGUUCAGAUGCGUGUGAUAUGGCAUGGAUGGUAGAGGAUAGCUGUUAUUCUGUGCAAUGCGUCAGUGAGGAAACGUGCCAGUUCCGAGAAAGCACAGAAUUGCAGAGGGACUUCGUGGUAGUCAAAAUUACCCACCAACUAGAUUAUGUGCCAACGUCCAGUAGGGAGUGUAUCCCGGGCUACGAUGACUGCCAAGACAAUGAGAUGUGUAGGAGGGAUCAGACGAAUGGAAGGAAUAUGUGCGUGUGUCAAGUUGGUUACACACAAGAUGUAUAUGGGGACUGUGUCUACGAUGAUAGAUACGACAGCAGACCGCAGACAUCCCAGCCUCAGCAUCAGCCAGGGAAGCUAGACAACCUUCAGCUGUGCAGCAGCGACAGUGAUUGCAAACUAGACGAGUUCUGUUUCGGUCUGAAACUGUACGACGAUGGCAUAUGUGCCUCAGCUUCGCAUUUAAAAAGAAUACGUAAAGAUACUUUGCGAAGUGUGGACUCCACGCAACCUCCUGUACCUGCACAGACGACAAGACCUGAUCUCCUUUUAACUAGCACUACACCACCACAAACAGAAGUAGAAGAGGAAGUCACAGAUAGUCUGAUGACCCCAUCUUUAGUAGAGGUGCCUGUCAAGAAGGAUGGCAGUGAUACAACCAAUGGUACCGAGGUAUCAAGUGGUGUAGCAGAGGGGUCUAUGAACACCUCUGACGGUAACAAACAAACCUCUGAUUCCGCCCCCUCCUUGCAUGAUCAAAACCCUGCCACAAACCCCCAUGCAAGCGCCACUCUUUCAUCUCCUGCAGUACCUGUCACCACUGCUACUCCUACUUCUACUACUUUAGGUAGCGGGGGAACACGCCCCUUUGUUCAGCUGAUAGUUUCGUUGGGUGAGAGCAAAUCCCUUCAGCUGCCGGACGAGACUAGCGUGAGUCUGCACGCCUUUGUCCUCCAAGAUGACCCUCCGGACGGUCAGCCUUACACGUACCAGUAUCAGGUGGUCACUCAGCCGGAGGACAGCUCCGCAGAGAUGACCUCCAAUGGUCAAGCUGACCCACAAGUUACUAUUUCAAAUUUGAUUGCCGGUUUUUACCAGUUCAAAGUGGCUGUGUCCGGAUCCAGGUCAGAAGGUACAGGUCAGGUCAAUGUGACGGUCAAGCCCCCACCCAGGAUCAACCAGCCUCCAGUAGCCAUCAUACAACCAGCUAUGCAGGUGGUACUGCUCCCCAACUCUGCUACCAUACUAGAUGGAUCAGGGAGUACUGACGAUGAUGAGGACAGAAUAGCAAGCUACAGCUGGAAUCAGGUCCAAGGACCGCUGAAUGAUCAUCAGAUCAGCGGUGAACAGGAUACGCUAGAACUCACUGAUCUCAAACCAGGCGUCUAUCUCAUCAGGUUGACUGUCACAGAUUUUGAUGGAGCUUCCAAUUCCACCGUAGCAAAUGUUACUGUUAAAGAAGAGGAGGACUAUAAGCCCCAUGCCCAAGCUGGGCCAGAUGAAGAGAUCAAGCUUCCAGUAGACUUCACCACACUGAAUGGCUCUAAGAGCAGUGAUGAUCAUGGUAUUACCAGCUAUGAGUGGACCAAGAUGACCGAUAGAGUGGCUGAUAUGACGGGAUCUUCAACCAAAAUACUUCAUCUAACUGGCCUUGAGGAAGGCACAUAUGUCUUCAAACUGACCGUCACAGAUGUUAAAGGACAAAAAGAUUCUGAUUCAGCGACUGUCAUUGUCAAACCAGAGCAUAAUACCCCACCUACCGCCGAUGCUGGGCCUAACAAGGAGUUAACACUGCCUUCUGAUGCCACGACGCUGGAUGGGAGUGGCAGUACAGACGACCAGGGUAUUGAGGUCUAUCACUGGGAACAAGUCAGUGGUCCUAGUGAUGCUAUAUUGACCAACCCUGACCAGGCAACAGUAGAUGUAUCUGGACUAGAGGAAGGAGGUUAUGUCUUUAGGUUGACCGUCCAAGAUGGUCAAGGUGUAUCAGGCACUGCUGACGUCACUGUUGCUGUAAAAAGAGAGAGCAAUCAAAAACCAAUUGCGAAGAUUGGACCAGAUCAAGAGAUAAUACUGCCUUCAACGUCACUGGAGGUCGAUGGGUCCCAGUCCACGGACGACAAGGGAAUAGUAUCCUAUCUCUGGACAAGAAGUACUCAAAGUCCAGCUGCUGGGGUGGUUGUUGGGAACUCCAAUCACGAACCAAUCCUACGAGUGGUCGACCUUGUCCCCGGCCAGUAUAAGUUCACUCUCAAUGUGACUGAUGCGAAGGGUGCCUUUGGCACAGAUACUACCAUAAUUACAGUCGUGGAAGAUCCACAUAUUCUCUCCCGGGUUCAGAUUGUGUUUGAUGAAGAUAUAAGACUAUUUACAGAGCAAGAUAAGAAUGACCUGAUAAUGCCCUUAGCUGUGAUGUUAGGGGUCAACAAUGGAGAUGUGGUCAUCCAAAGAAUUACACUGACAGACAGUAACAUGUUGAAGGCUGAGUUCCUAGCAUUCAACAAGACAUCUCACAAGCCCCUUCCAGGACCAGAGGUCUUACAGAGAUUGAAGAGCAAAUACAUCAUGUCACAAUCAGCACUACUCAAACAUAGCAUCUUAGAAUAUGACACUGUUGUUUGUCAGAAGAACUGUUCCAAUCACGGUCAUUGUGAUCCGUACACAAAGCGUUGUGUGUGUGAGACAUUCUGGAUGGAGAAUUUCAUCCGGGUCAAAUUUCAAGAUGGAGAAAGUAAUUGCGACUGGAGUAUUUUGUAUGUAAUCAUCGUAUGUUUUCUGGUGCUGGUAGCUCUGGGCGUCUUUAUAUGGUUUAUAGCCUGCUGCUGUGCAAGAAGAAAAAAGAGAGGUCGGAGGCGGCAUCGCUACACGCUACUAGAAGACGAAGGCAAUGACAUGAUGGAGAUGCACCCCAAGCUGGGAAAUGGCAAGCAAAGUAGCAGCAUCAUGAUAUCGGAAUCAGGAGAAGAAAGUGACGACGAGACCACAGUCUUCGACAUCAAGCGGCAGGAUCGGAACGGAUCCAAGCCCGCCAAUGGCUACGUUUCGGGCAAGCAUCGAUCGAACAGGACGCCCAACAGGACUGACAAACUCUAAAAGGGACAAUCAUUCUCCUGAUGCGAUGAAGUGUCAUGCGUAAGGAGCCAAGGGCAGUUGCUCUGUCUUAAGCCUGGAUCAGUGACUUGACUAAAAUGGCAGAUUGGAUACCUUGAUUUUAUUUAUGUUUUGAGAAAGCGAGUGAGGCGAGCAGCAUUCUUGUGAAAGGACAAAGCCGUCCAGUGAUGCAGAAAACUUUUGUAACAAUCGACCUGAUCGGUUGAUUAAGAAGAAAGCGCUCUGAUUGGUUGACUAAGAGGAAAGCGCUAAAACCACCGACUUCAAAAUGAAGGCAUUGGACUGAGGUGAAUCCAACCUCUUUGAUGGAAAGUCUGAUUUUUUUUCACUCUCUAUUUCUUUCUCUUCUUAAGACGGAUAAAGAAAUUUUAACUAAUCUGUUUACAAAUUGCCCUCAGAAGAUAUUUCCAACAUCAACAUGCAACCCAUGUUUUGAACAAAUGUGGAUAGCAAAAUGUCAGAUAUCCCCCCUUCUAUCUCUCUCUCUCUCUCUCUCUUUCUUCUUCUUCUUCUUCUUCUUUUAGCACACUUCUUAUUUCUUCUCAAAGUUCUCAGACACAGCUGAUCAUUAUGUUUCAUUUUUACUUCUCUUUUCCCCAUGUGUGAAUACAUGUGAUUAGAUUGUUUGUGCAAGAUGAGCUGAAAUGUCUGCCAUGGUUUUAUGCAUUUACAGUAAGCUGCAUCAGAUUUUGUUUUCAAUAUGACUUUUUGAAUUACUGAUUCAUUGACUUAGGUUUAGUUUUAAUGAACUAUGUAAAUGUCCUAAAUAGAUGACAUGGGCUCGUUGUUUUGAUUGCAAUUAAACAGUUUUUUUUUCACAGUAGUUUCAAUUUAAUACAGUAUACCUUAUUUUUAAACUGCAAAUGUUAGAAAAAACACUGAUUUAGCCAUCCCUACUGCCAAAAGUGAAAUUUUGUGUCAUUUUCAUGAUAAGCUAAAAUAUAUCCUCACUUGUGGACAUUAGCUGCAUUUAAAGUGCAAGCAAAAACAGUUUAUUUUUCUCACAUUUGGGUGUUGUGCUGAAAGUUGCUAAGCAACUAACGCUAAACUCAACGAAAACCUCAAAUAAAAAAAGCCCAUCUCUGGAGUGCGGUUUUUUUAUAUUUCGGCAGAAAUGUCACCGAUUUUUGAAGUUUAAAUUCUCGCUCUCAAAACAUUGGUGCAUCUAAGAUCUUUCUGGUCUUUGGUCUUUGGUCUUGCUUCUGUGUGAUUGCAUGCAGAACAGCGACAAGUCACGCAUGAGCACCAAGGCCAAAUAACAAAAAUGAAGUGUUUCUUGUCCCCGCCCCCCAAAAAAGCCUGUGAUAUACAUUUUGUUUACAUACCAUAGCUUCUAAAGUGAU